UCGACCAUCGUGACUAUUCAAGCUUUACAAUAAUCAUAGAACCGUGGAAGAUUCGCUUCAGAACUUUAUAAGUACCUAAUUUUUCAAACACUAUAAUCUACAUCGUUACCGUACAGUCGCUCUCGAUCCGAUAAUAUGCGCUCUUCACUACUUCUAGCGCUAUGCAGCGCUACGCUAUCAUACGCCAUACCGACAGUUGAGGCAGUCGGCGGCAAGUUCUUUACAAGCGAUGGCGAUCAAUUCUUCAUAAAGGGAGUUGCUUAUCAACUCACUGAGAAGGACCCGUUGAUCGAUACUGAGCAAUGUAAGCGGGAUGCCUCGCUCAUGAAGAAAUUAGGUGCCAACGCCAUUCGCGUCUAUCACGUCGACCCGGAAGGAGACCAUGACGGUUGCAUGUCCGCUUUCGCCGACGCUGGUAUUUAUGCCAUGGUAGAUAUGGAUACUUUCGACACCUACAUCUUGCCCAAUGAUCCUUGGUGGAACCAAACCCAAUUCGACGCCUACUCCAAGGUUAUGGAUACAUUCCAUGACUAUGAUAAUCUAUUAGGCUUAUUUGUGGGAAAUGAAAUUAUCGCCAUCAACAAUCAGUCGUUGGCCGCGCCGUUUAUUAAGGCAAGCACUCGUGAUCUGAAGGCGUAUAGAGACUCGAAGGGAUACCGCAAGAUCCCAAUUGGUUACUCUGCUACCGAUAUUGCGGAGCUUCGACCUUGGCUACAAGACUAUCUUACCUGUGGAGGAAAUUCGUCCGAGAACAUCGACUUCUACGGCUUGAAUUCAUACCAAUGGUGUGAUCCCACCGACUAUCAGACCUCCGGUUACGCCAACCUCGAGGAGCAGGCUAAGAACUUUCCCGUGCCUAUUUUCUUCUCCGAGACUGGAUGUAAUAAGCCUGGUCCGCGAUUGUUCGACGACCAAGUCGCUAUAUUCGGCCCUGAAAUGGUGAAUGACUGGAGCGGAGCUAUCGUGUACGAAUGGAUCCAGGAAGCCAACGAAUACGGUUUAAUUUCGUACGGUCCUAAGGUCGACCCGACUGUCACUGGUGAGAAUAUCGUCGGUGGCUACACUCGUGCGGGUACCCCGACACCUGUCACACCCGAUUUCGACAACCUUAGCAAGCACUGGGCGACUAUCACACCCACUGGAGUUCCCAGAUCAAAAUACGACACGAAGUCGGUCUCGACACGUGCAUGCCCAACUUCAACUGCCAGUGGAUGGCUUGUUAAUGGCAACGUCGCCGUCCCAAGUUUAGGAGCAACACUUAGCGCCAGCACUUAUUCGUCCGUGCCUAGUGCUACCGGUACGGCUGCCAGUGCCGACCCGUCAGAAACUCAAAAUGCUGUCUCUGGAUCGAAAGAAAUUGCCGGUAUGGGUGCCGGUCUCGUAGGUGUAAUGAUGGUUUUCACAUUAUGGCUUUAAUUCAACUUUGAUUCGAUUGAAAGACUUGAGCACUACAACUUUUUCGGUCCUGACGUUCUAUUCCGCCGUGCCCUCCUCCCUUAAUUAAUCCCACACAGGAGGUUUUAUGGCCGGCACUAUUCGUCAGAUACCACCUAAUCCUUCCUUUCGACUACUCGGUUAGGGAAGUUUCUUCGGAGCAUCCGCAAGACAUUGUACACGGCGUCUGUUGUCUUGUGUUGGAUAGCUCCAGGCCAUUACCUAAUGAUCGGCGUCUGUCGUGGACAUCUGGACAUGUUUAGAUGAUACACUUCAGAAGAUGACUGCGAGGAAUGUGCUUCGGCUUGCAUACGAGGAGGACGAGUUAAGAGGUUUUCAGAUAAACGACAAACGACACUCAUGAUUGUCACGAAGCAACAAUUACACAGCUAAGGAAGAUCAACUUCCUGAUGCUAAUUAAAUAAAAACGCCGCUUUGGCUGUGAUACCCUUCACUCAUUAUAGAACGUUUUGCUACAGUGUGAUUAUCGUACGUUUCUACCUGUAAGAUGUGAAGAAGGAACAUGUACCUAAUUAGCCAGUCUUUAGCUGCCCAACAUGUAAGCCGUUAGUGUUUCCAGUGAGAACAUUAUUCCUUCCAUAAAUU